UGAAGUUUUUUGUUGAGGUAUUUUUUACGUUACUAAUAACAACCGAAGUAGCGGGUUUCCAAUAUGGCGUCUUUCGUAAACUAUAUAGACCAAACACUGAUUUAGCGGUAGGUCUAUAAACAACUUUUGAGGAAGAAAUUUUACGAAACGGUCAUCAUGGAUGAUACAUCAGAAAAAGAAAAGAAGUCUGCAGAGCAAAACGAAAAAGAUCAGGACACAGCUGGAAAGAAAACACCCAAAACUAGCAAGCCUGGGAGUGGAAACAGAGUUUCCAGUGGACAGAAAAGUCCCAAGGGAGGCAAAGCUGAGAAAGGACGCUCCACCCCAUCUAAAGGGAAUGUGAAGAAAGCAGCAGAGGAGAAGAAGGAGGAAACACCAGCCCCCGGGGAGGAGCCGGCGGAGGAAGGUGUACCAGAGGGGGUGGUGCCUCUUUUUCUCUCCUCCAAGACACAGGAGAUCUUCCACUGCCGCUGUGAUGAAGACGUUACCGAGGAGAAUCCGAUCAAAAUCAUCACAAAACAGGAAAUCCUGGACGACAUGCGCAACAGGGCGGCAGUCUGUGAUUUCCAUCCAAUCAAACAGGAAGUUAUUGACUAUCCGACGGAUGAGAUUUUGGUUGUGUAUGACUAUGACUUCAAGUAUGGGCAGAACUUUUACUGUGCCAUCACAGAGGAAGCCAAGGAGAAGAUCCUGAAUCCCCAAGGACCUGAUGGUGGGGAGGGAGCGGGACAGGAAGAGGAGAUCGUGUACACUUACAUCCCCCCGGAACCCAAGGACUGGGUGUCCCUGGGCAGUGAGAAGGAAAUCAAGGAAGAAAGUGUCACUGAAAACAGGCGCAGGAUUAAAGUGUCGGUAAAGAGGGUACGGAGAGAGUUUGGGGCACCGUACAAGUUCAAGGAUCGCAAUGUGGCUGACGCCAAGGAUGGCUGCAUUGACUGUACGUCUUUUGAUGACCGCGCAUUUGACCUGAAGAAGAUGGAGUUAGACAAGAGCAUACAGUCAAUUCCUGAGUUUGUAGAGGAGGGGACACAGACCGAUUGGAAGUACCCCCGUAACGCAACCACACAGUACCAACCCCGGGAAUACUCCCAGAAAGAGAAAGAACAGCUGGAAAACUCCAAGAAUCUCCAGACCUCCGUGGAGUCCGUCACUCCAAGGUUUAAGCUAGCUCUACAACAGAAUGAGAUAAUGGACGUGUUCUACAUUGACUGGCUCCACCUAGGGGACGCCGAUGGUAACUUUGGCAACAAGUCAGAUAACCAUCUCAAGGAGUACCAGUCCUUUACAGACCUACAAUUCAGCAAAGAGAAAAGCAUCACAUGUAUACAAUGGCACCCCACCAUCAAAGGUGUGGUUGCAGUAUCUGUGGCAGAGAAGAUGACAUUUGACGAGCGGAUUGACUCGGCCGCUAAAGUGAUCAUGACCCCCUCCCUCAUACUUAUCUGGAGUUUCACUGACCCCAUACACCCCCAGUUACUGCUGGAGGCCCCUGAUGAUAUAUACAGCUUCCAGUUCUCCCCGUCUGAUCCCAACAUAAUCUGUGGCGGCUGCUACAACGGUCAGGUGGUGCUGUGGGACAUCUCUGCUCAUGCUGACCGCCUCAAACAGCCACGCGGCGGCAACAGGAACAAGAAAUCCAACGUCCUGCCAGGCUUUGAGGAUCCUAACGCCCUGAAGACCCCCAUAGUUCGGUACUGUGCUGUAUCCAGUAUAGAGAACAGCCACAGAGCGGCCAUCACAGACAUCCAGUGGGUCCCCGACCACAUGGAGGUGAACAGGAUGGGUGUUCCCCAGGAGAACAAGUCGAUGACGGCGUGUCAGGUGAUGACGUGUGCGGCGGACUACAGCGUCCUGUUCUGGGACACUCGCCCUCCGAAGGGACCGGGGCAACUCAACUUUGGUGCCAAAAAUGAGAAAAACGAUAAAACCCAGAUGGGAGUUCCUUCAACAUUCAAACAUCUGGACCUGUCUUGGAAACCCAUGUUAAAGGUUCAUCUUCACAAAUCUGAGCCCGGGGGCGACCAUAGUCCAGUCAAGUUCUCCAUACAGGAGAAGAACGGGGACAGACGCGCACUUUCCAAAGCUACAGAUGCCACGGACAUGAGCCGCGAGAACGCAAUGGGGGGCGGCUAUUACACCAACAAACCCGGGUCUGGCAAAGACAAGAGGACUCUACAGAGUGUCAAGACUCAUUUCUUCGUGGGGACUGAGGAUGGAGAAGUGGUUUAUGUUGAUUGGAUGCCAGUCAAAGAUCAGGACACUGGAAAAAUUGUCACUCCAAAGCCCGAUUUCUACAAUGCCAUUCACGACGGUCCAGUUAACACGGUUCAGCGGUCGCCGUUCUUCAGCGACAUUGUUCUGUGUGUUGGAGGGUGGACCUUCACGAUCUGGAAGGAAGGCGUGACGGAGGAGAAAUCUGAGAAAGCAAAGAAAACUGGACCUAUCCUACAGUCCAGUGCUAACCCUGUCAAGAUGACGGCCGGCCAUUGGUCUCCGUCACGACCCUCCGUGUUCUACAUUUCCAAAAAUGAUGGAAGCGUGGAUGUCUGGGAUCUCCUCGACAAAACGCAUGAACCGACUCUGACCCAGAGCGUCUCCCCCGCACCCAUCACCACCAUCUUCCCAUUCCAGAUAUCUCAGAAGCAGCACCUGCUGGCUGUGGGAGACAAUGCUGGUACGUUACACAUCCUAGAGAUACCAUGGAGCCUGAGACAGCCCACCCCUAACGAGGUGUCAGGGAUCUCUAACUACUUUGAUCGGGAAGUGAAGCGGCGAUCCUUCGUCGUGAUGAGGUGGGACUUCAGGGAGAAUGAGAAGCGAGAGCUGGAGCAGGAACAGAAGAGGAAGGCCGGGAUUGCCCCCAAUGUUGUGUUGACGGACGAGGAGAUUGAGUACCGCAUGAAACAGGAGUACCAGGCUUACCUCGACGAAGAGGCCGCCUUCCUCCGCGAGCUGGGGCUACUGAAGGAGGAGGAUGAGCCCCUCCCUGAAACGUGACCCCCAGGGCUCUGACAUCCCCACCCCCUCACUGAUCACUGGCCGUCCAACAAAUGUUCUGUGAUACUGAUACUGUACCCGACAAGAGAAGGAUCUGCAGGAUCUAUUCUCUGUUAUAUGGACGUUAUUUUUACAUUGAAUGAUGACUUGUGAUGUAGAACUGUGCUUAUAAUAUUUUAUUAACAUUAUUAUUAUUGACACUAUUUAUUACUGUUUUGUGUAUUGACAUAUUUGUCCCAGCCUUGGAGAAUGUUAGACGUGAAUAAUGUUUCCUGUUUAUUCUGUGAAUGGAAUAAAUAAUUAACUGAAUUAAA